AUGCGGCGAGACGAUUUUGAGCGUCGGCGCCUUCGUGAUCUUUACGACCGGAACGUGCGCCGGGUGCGGGCACUGGCAGAGGCGCGAGAUGCGAGAAGGACCGGCAGCGACGACGAUGUGGCGGCUCCCCGUCGUUAUGUCGUUAGCGAGCGUCGCACUCGCCUCGAGGGGUUUGGCCGUGGCGGCUAUCAAGUGCGGCGCUCCGGCCGUGGCAACCGUGGCACAGAAAGCCGUCGCUUCAGCGACCGGGGUGUCUACCGUCGCGGCGCUCUGGACCGCUUUGAGCGCGAGGAGGACCUCGAGCGCAAGAUGCGUCGUGCACGUUUUCGCGAGCGUCGCCUCAAUGAGGGCGGGCUGCGGUUCGGUCGCCAGCGCCUGCGUCUUCACCGCAGCGAGCGACGGGAGCUCCGCCAGCUUCGUGAGCUUCGUGAGCUUCGAGAACUUCGUGAGCUUCACGCGUUUCGUGGUGCUCAGAGGGGCCGAGGCAAUGGCGAUCGCCGCGAACCACCCCGGCGCGAGACGCUAGACAAGGAGUUGGAUCACUACAGAAAGGACCAGCGUGGCGGACGCAGGCGUGGAGGCGGUGGUCGUGGUGGGGCUGCUGUACAGCAGCCGCUUACAAAGGAGCGACUUGACGCGGAACUCGAUCGCUUCCGCAGCGGAAACUAG